AUGUACUCUAUACCUACUCUUUCCCUUUCCCUCUUCCUAGUCGGCGCACAGGCCCAGAACACGUACAGCGCUACCUACCUGCCGAAUAAUGCACCCGAAACAUCAGAGGAGGGCCAGACUGGCACCAACAAGUGUGGUGACGGCUUCAACCAGACCUCGAUGUGCCAGAACGCCUACAUCAAUGGAGUGGACGACUUCUGUCUUUGGGCACCACCAGAGCCUGGUGCAACAUCUACCAUCGGAGAAACAGAGCGUAUCGAAGUUGCUUGGUGUACAAAGGAAGGCUACGGCACCCGUUUAAUUCCAGAUGGAGCCAUCACCGGCGCACACUUUGUGCAAACUCCCGAUUUCGUCCAAAUCACUGGUUCGGGAAACUUGACAAUGCUGAACAUCCCAACUGGAGAUGGCGGAGGCGAGUUGGAUCCCCAUGGGGCUGACGGGAAUGGUAACCCCAUUGGCGGUCUCGUAUUCUCCAAAGCUUUCGGAAACCUGGAGCAGAUCUUUGAGUGGACAAACUUCAUGUCCGACCAGCAAUUCUGCUUCCGCGCGUGCAACCCUGCUGGUAGCCAAGCUCCCAUCUAUUGCCAACACAUCUACGACGAGAUGGGCUGCGCGUGGAACAUGCCCGCGAGUUAUGACGCUGGGGUCUUCGAGUCGUGCCAGGGUGACAGCGGCGAACCGAUGGGCGUGUACGGCGGCUCGACGUUCUCCCAGGGCCAGCCUUCGACGCCCUCUGCGCACGCCGCGCCGUCUUCGUCCAACUGCCAGACGACGUCAACAAUUGAGAAUGGACAUCAGGUAUCGGGGAGUAGUGUGCUUUCGAGCGUUACUGCCUCUGUUACUAGUUCUGGUGCAUCUGGCUCCCGUACUAGUAGAUCCAGCGCGAGCGCGACUAACAGCUCUAAUGCCGCGUCCACCAACGCGAUAUCUUUCAGGGGUUAUUUCUACACUGUUGCAUCGAUGGUUCCGGUUAUGCUCGGAGCAGUGAUGGUUUUGUAA